AUGCCCAGCCGCAACCGUGCUGAUCCCUCAGAACCCUCCUCAGAGGGCAAGCAAGAGGAGAAGAAGGACAAGAAGAAGACGGCGGCGGUAGAUAAGGAAGCCGAUGAAGCCGACAAAAAACUCAACGACAAUGACGCUGAGUUUACCAUACAGCUGGAUGAUGACGAGGAUGAGGCAGCAGCCGCCGCUGAUGGAGAAAAAGUAGAAGAAGCAAAGGACGGUGCUGGCGAGAAAUCUACCAAAACAGAGAAGUCCGAUGACGCAAAGCCCUCCCAUUCACCUCCGCCUCCCGAGGAGAAGGAGGAGGAGGAAAAAGUGGAGGACGAGGCCAAAACUGACGGAACGGAA